AUGGCGCCCCGAAGCUUGCUGGAACUGUUGCGGUCGAGGACGGUGGUCGAUUGUGAUACUAUGGAAUUUGAGGUUGCGAAAUCUCUUGGUCCUUUCACAGAUUGCACUUCCAACCAAGCAAUUGCAUAUUUCGAGCUCCAGAAACCGGAAAACAAGAAACUUGUCCAAGAGACAGCGGAAACUACGCAAAAACUACUGGGAACGCAAGAUUACCAAGAUGUGAAGUUUUCAGAGCUAGGAGUCGAAGUUGCGAUGGUCAAAUUACAACUUGCAAUCGCGAGUGUAGUCACGGGGUUUGUUCACGUUCAGACGAAUCCUUAUCAUUCGUAUGGCACCGACGAAAUGAUUCGAGAUUCACGAAGGAUAAUCUCCAUCUUUAGAAAUCUCGAUCCACACUUUGACACUAAUCGAAUUUGUCUGAAGAUACCAAGCACGUGGGAAGGACUCCAAGCAUGCAAGUUUUUAGAAAGAGAAGGAAUAAGAACAUUAGCCACUACACUUUUUAGUAUUGAACAGGCGGCUUUGGCUGGAGAGGUCCAGUGCACUUAUGUUGCACCUUAUGUUAAUGAAUUGAAAGUUCAUUUCGAUGCGGGGUUCACGGAUACCAAUAAAGCGCAUCAGCUUUGCUUCGAAAUUCAACAAUACUACAGCAAGAAUAAUCUCCGAACAAAAGUUCUACCAGCUAGUCUGACGAAUAUCGAUGAGAUUAUGACGCUAGCGGGCGUAGAUCAUAUUACGAUUGCCCCGGCUCUGUUAAGAGAUUUAGCGGCUACAGCCGUGGAGGGUUAUAAGGUGAAAUCUCUGUUUGAUGGAAAUGAGCAGAAGGAAUCUCAACCUACUGCGUUAGAGUUUGAUAAUGAUGAGAGCUUGUGGAGGAUAAGUUUCACGAGGAGCGGAAGAGGAGAGGCGGAAAGAAAAUUGAGUCAGGCCAUAAAUAUCUUUUGUGAUAUGCAGACACAGCUGGAAGCGAUGUUUGAGAAUUAG